CGGACUCACUGGUAGACGGAUCGAGAGACGUCGUGCAUUAUUCUCGACUAUCUGAGUCAGUCGAAACGUGCGUGAAACGCGUUACAUUAUUUCGUACGUGUAAUCAUUGCGCUAUACAAUCUGGUAGUAGCAGUGUUCUUGAAUUUUUGAGGAUUUAACGAUGAUUGUGACCAAACGGUGGACGCAGAUGCUGUAUCGGAGGAUCCGGUUCGGACUAAGCAAGGUUGGCUUGAAGAACGUGACGUCAACCCUGACUUUCGGCGUUUCGGAAGUGCCUACAUGUAGAUAUAUUCAUUCAGUUAGCCAAGUAAGAGGGAUUCCCAAACACAAUUCUUUGCUAAAUCUGUACAGUAACUAUCGAGUUACAGGAAUCCCUUUGGUUCGCUAUGCUAGCACUAAUAAGGAGACAUCAGCACAAAUUAAUCCAUAUGAUGAAAUACCAGAUCCUCCAACACCAAUAGAAGAAAUAAUAGAGGAAAUUGUAAAGUAUCAUCCAAAUGGAGAGAUAACUUUUCAGAGCCUUGGAUUAGGUGGUUACACACCAGUUGGACUUGUACAAAAUGCCUUGGAGUGCAUGCACAUAAGCUUGAAUAUGCCAUGGUGGACCACAAUUGUCAUAGGUACUGUUAUUUUAAGGUGUCUCAUAUUUCCUUUGGUAAUAUACUCGCAGAAAAAUAUGGCCAAAUUUACUAACCAUUUGCCAAAAAUACAAGAACUACAAGCACAAAUGACAGAAGCUAGACAAAGUGGUGAUCAUUAUGAAAGUGCGCGGUGUGCAGCUGAGCUAGCGGACUACAUGAAGAAGAAUAAUAUUAAAGUGGGCAAGAAUUUUUUGGUGCCAUUUAUUCAGGGGCCAAUCUUUCUUUCCUGCUUUUUAGCUCUGAGAAAAAUGGCAAACCUGCCUGUGGAUAGCAUGAAAGAAGGUGGCUUUUUGUGGAUGCAGGAUCUCACUAUGCACGAUCCUUAUUACAUAAUGCCAAUAUUCACAUGCGUGACGUUAUAUAUUACAAUUGAAAUAGGAGCAGAUGGCACUAAUAUUAAAACAUUGGGCAUGAUGCGAUAUGUAUUACGAGUAAUACCUUUUGCUAUAUUGCCAUUCAUGAUAAACUUUCCUGGUGCUAUUUUGACGUAUUGGGCAUCGACAAACUUUAUUUCCUUGAUACAAACUAGUAUAUUAAAAAUCCCACGAAUAAAAAAGUCUCUUAAAAUACCUGAUAUACACCAUGCUCCAAAACCAAAGAGUAAAAAGAACUUUAUGGAAGAAAUAAAGCAAUCUUGGACGAAUAUAAAAAUAACGAAGCAGAUGUCUGAUAGAGAACAAGCGGACGUAGUACAGUUCAAUGCUGCUGGUAAGGGCCCUAUAGUGAAGACAUUUAAAUAUGAUCCGACAAAACAGAAAGAAACGACUGUGCUUACAAAAGGUAGAUAAUAAUUUCAUUAAAAAUAAAAAUGCGUAUUAUAUUUAAGUAUUUUAUCACUUAAUGUGUGACAUAAUAAGUUGAUUUAUUGUAAUUGUAAUAAAAGAAAUUUUAUUUAAUAUACAA